AUGUCGCGCGCUUCGUCUCCCGCCCGAUCGGGAGCCGCAGAGGAGUUAGAAAAUGAUGACAUUGAUAUUGAGCAAUUAAUCACGUUGAUGCACAGGAGACCUCUCCUGUGGGACAAAUUUAAUCCAAAGUACCACGACAGAAUAUUGAAGGCGAGAUUGUGGGAGGAAAUAUAUCAAGACAUAUAUUUUAGUUGGGAACAAUGCAGUGUUGUUGAAAAAAAAACAAAAAGGUAA